AUUCUGUUGAUUAUGGCCAGCUAGACAAUUCUUUGCUUACUUUGUAUAAACAAGCCUCUCUUAUCAAACUAUUAUGUUUUUCUUGGAUCUCUUUUUUUUUUGCAGGGAGAAGAUUUGAAGGAGAUUGAUAGUCUGAAAGACAGGAUAACAAAACUCCAAUUGAGACAAAUGAGGAUGCUGGGUAAAGAUUUAUCAAACUUGAGCUUGAAAGAAGUGCAGCAGCUGGAAAAGCAACUCAGUGAAAGCCUACUGUCUGUAAAAGCUAAGAAGGACCAAUUGCUGAUGGAACAACCCGAGCAUUCACGCAGGCAGAUUUAUGAGCUUAGAGGAUUUCAUACACCAUCUGAACGCCCGAAACCUAUGUAUCUUGAGUACUACCCCAUAGCAACCAAGGUUUCUUCUGCGACGAACGGGACUUCAGGUUCUGAUGGAGGCUGCAACAGUGAAUUCGACAAAACAUAUUAUGAUGUUACUUUGCACCUAGGCCAGGGUACUCCUCUU